CCCAUCCGCCGCCGCCAUGAAGGGCCCCGUGGAGGUCACCCUGACGAGGGACACCCCCUCCGCCCGCCGCUGCUGGUGGCGGCGCGACGACGACCUCGUCGACGACGGCGACGUCGGCGUCCUCCGGAUCGGCCGCGGCCUGGCCGCCGUGGACACCACCUUCUCCUCCACCGACGAAGUCACCAAGCGCUGGCUCGCCGAGGCCUCCGCAGCGGCCCGCGGCCGCCACCUACGCAAGCCCUUCCUCGCGGGCCUCGUCGCGCUGCGCGGCCUCGACCCCGCCGACCGGGACAACUACCGGGGGAGGGGCCGCGGUGGCUUCAAGCCCACCGACCACGCCAACCCGAUCCGCUGCGUCGCCCUCUGCCUCGGCGGCUCCCGCGCCCUCGUCUACAGCCCCGACACCCACGGCUACCGCGUCCGCAAGCCCGCCUACGCCGGCGACCUACUCAAGUUCUACGACAACAACAUGACCCAGCUCCGCGCGUUCCUGGACGACAACCGCAUCACCGUCGCUUGCUUCGGCGCGCGGGAGGUCACGAGGAAGCUGGCCAAGGAGUGGGGCCUGCACGUGGCCUGGCCGGAGGAGCUCACGGAUCUGUUCGCGCGCGCCUACGGGAAGGUCGCCGGGGUGGAGCGCGAGGAGAGGCUGCUGCCGAAGAAGCCCGAGAAGUACUGGAUGGGGAAGGCGGCGCUCAAGAGGGAGAAGGCCAAGGCCGAGCGGGACGAGUACGACACCGACGAGGAGGAGAGGCUCAACAAUCUCGGCCGGACGCUGCGGCCGCGCAAGGUGGUGAGCGGCCUGAGCCUCGAGCGCAUGGCGAGGGUGGCGCUCGGGCCGGAGAUGCGUCUCGCGCGCUGCCCGCCGAAGGUGGCGCAUGCGGACUGGGGCAGCUACUACCUGGGCGAGGAGGAGUGGGCGUACGCCACCCGCGACGCGUACCUCUGCUUCGAGAUCGCGGCUCGCUGCUUCGAGAAACUCCUCGAACCCAACGCCGCCGGAUCGUCGAGCUCGAGCGCCAAGCCGGCUGUCGCGACCGUUGGUAUGGUGCGCCCCGCCGCCGUCCUGUCUCACUAGCCGUCAUGAUCUGAACAUGGCUCGGCGUAUCGAUCGCUAAGUUUUUGCUGCUGCGUUUAAUUUGCUCUGUUACGUUAGUUGGUAUGAUCAUCCUUAUCAGUAUGGUGUAGCAAGGUAUCAGUAGUAGUGGCGUA